UCCAGGAUCGGUAGAGUUGCAUCUGCAAUUGCUUCCAAGAACAAGAUUCCAUGAUAUGAAAGGUCUGUACCCUUGAUACAGGAUUCUUCCUAUUCAUCAUUCUUAGCCCCAGCUUCGCAGAUGUAGGUAAGACGGGGGGGUCUACGAACCUGUAGCUCACGAAUUGCUCCCUCGAGAAUAGUUUCAUUUUCUUCCACUUUUCCGCCGAAGCCAUUGUCUAUUACUGUUAGCCAUAUCCUUGAUUUCUCCAAUUUCAUCCAAACAAGAGCAGACGUGACUCACAUUUUCCCAUACCAAAACCCCUUUUCUUAUAACCAAGGAGAAUCCGCUUGUUCUCGAGGUCCAAGGGCAUUAUGAGGGUAUAGAGCUUCCUCUUGAUGGGAGCGUAAACGGACAUUGUAGUUGUUCUUUUACCCAACAGCAAGGUCUUUUAGGGCGGUAGAGCGGAUGGUUUGUUAUGGUUUGAGCAGGGCGCGGUAGGGAGUCAAUGCCACAACAGGUAACUUACAGUACGAGACGCUGAUAAGAUUGCGGAAUAAAGUUUUUCCGCCUUCCUAGUUUCUGGUGAGCUCAGACUCAAACCGACUGCAUUCAUGGGCCUAUCCAGAGAUAUGAUACUAUGAUACCACUCCCAUACAUACUCCGGUUUCUUAAGCCCUGAUUGGCAUAUUAUAGAGAAAGAGCUUCGGAUACAGAGCGGGUAUUCUAACUUUCCGGCUAGGGCUUUUCUUUAUAUCUUAUUUAUAUGGUCCAACCUGUAGGUCUCCAUAGGGUAGCUACAUUUGAACGUGGUUUCUUUUUUUGGCACUUUGGCCAAAAGAAUUUGGGGUUCAAUAGAACGAUUCAUUUUUUUUUACACGGGAUGCC